AUGGACCCCACCGGCGACAUCGAGGUUGGAGGCUCUUCACGCCCACAGCCUACACAAUUUCGCAUUUCGGAACUCUACGACACCUUGUACGAUGGUCCCACGGUUAAGAUGAUCCGAGAAUGCAAAUUUUGCACCACUCCCUUCUGGUAUUACGUCAACAACGUAAAGGGGAUCGAGAUGCUUAUGAUUAUUCUGCUCAUGAUGUGUGGUCCUGUAGGCGCCCACAUGUUGUUCGAGGCUGUUUUUCCUUAUCGUCCGGGGAACCCCUUUGUUUAUACGCUGAUCAGCGGCGCACCGAUAUGGGCGAUGUGCUACAUAUUGGGCGCCUGCACCGCAGGUUUCCUGGUCUUUGGUGAAGCGAUGGAAAUCUUAAGAUACGCCGAUGCUGCGUUUUGGUUGUACUAUUACCGCAAGAUAGAGGCAAAGGAGAAACAGAAUGAUGCCAUGGCAAACCUUGAGUCAAGCGAAGUGGAAGUCACCAACGAAUCCUCGUCCGCACCAAUUGCUGAUGCAUCUGCCGAGAAGGAACCAAUUCCGUUUAGGAUGCAAGGUGCACUUAUACGGUGCCUUUUCAAGUUCCGUACCAACAAUGUAAUGCAAGAUGGAGAGUUUUUGCCCUUGACGCCAUGCCAAUGGUUUAUGCGGGCCACAUGGUUGGAACGCAUAUGCCACAUCUUGAUCCCGCUGCGUUGGAUAAUGGCGGCCGUGAUGUUGGCAUUUUUUUUCACCUACAACUACACGAUGUUCUUUAUGACUAUGGAGAAAAACUUCCUGCUGAGCGAUAUCUACUUCUGCAUGUUGCAGUUCAUGAACGGAAUGUCGCACGUUGCCAUGGUUUACAUGGGCUGGAAGAUCGCCCUGGUUUUGCUUGAUUUGUGGCGCAAGUCUAGGGGAAGCAACCUUAGGAAGGACUUCCUGCGCGUCUUCUUCCCGCUUCCCGAUGGGUUGCGCUACAUACCCGACCCCAAGUUCGCCUUUGUCAUGGACGGCUGCCCAUGCUCAUACGUCGCACCCGAAGCACUGGCGCUGCCGCCUGAGUACGAGCAAACCACGCAUUUCCACGGCUAUUACGCGCACAUAUUCAAGACCAUCUUCUGCUUCACCACGCUGAUCAUUGUUUCUAUCUGUGCUAUGCACUCCUUUGCUGCGGGAAUCAUGUAUAUCAUCUCUACGAGCGUCAAGCAGCAAGAGACUCUGUUGAGGAUAAUAGAGAGGCAAGGAAUAGAUGUCAAUGCACUAGUAGGGCUAAAAUUGCGUUCACUGUAG